UCACAAUAUUCCUUUUAGUGGAAACAAGUUUGACGUAACAAUUAUCAUCAUUCAUCAAUAAAAAACGCCCGUUGUCGUUGUACCCCACGCAUCUUCAUCUUCCCCAAAUCUUCGUCCAAUCUCCAAUCCUUCCAUCUCCUCCAUUUUUCGGCUACUCAUCAAUUCCUUGAUAACCCGAGCCUUCAAAAUCUCCGUUAUAUCUAUCCAAUUUUAAUGGUUUCAAACUAGUUUGAAGUGUAGAUGGAUAGUAUGCAUGGGAGCGAAGUGGGAAUGAUGGGCUAUAUGCAAGAGCAUGAUCAUCAUCAUCCUGGUUUGCAUCAUCAUGUGAGCAAUGGGAAUGUGAUGGACCAUGAAGAGCACGGCCAUAAUAGUGGUGGUGGUGAAAGUGAAGGUAUGGAUGGAGAGGUCUCUGCUGAUCCCGGGAAUUUAUCUGAUAACCAUGGUGCAUUGGUGGCUCAAGGCGUUGAGAAUAAUAAUCAGCUAACACUCUCUUUUCAGGGCCAGGUUUAUGUUUUCGACUCUGUCUCUCCUGAAAAGGUUCAAGCUGUACUUCUUUUACUCGGGGGACGUGAAGUACCUUCUAACAUUCCUCCGAUUCCAGUAUCUACUCAUAAUAGUGGAGGUUUAUCUGGUACCCCAGAGAAGUUCAAUGUCCCUCAGAGAGUGGCUUCACUAAUAAGAUUCCGUGAGAAGCGGAAAGAACGGAAUUUUGAGAAGAAAAUUCGUUAUACUGUUCGUAAGGAGGUUGCUCUAAGGAUGCAGCGAAAUAAAGGACAAUUUGCAUCCUCAAAGCCCAGUAACGAUGAUUCUGCAUCCGCAGUUUCGAGUUGGGGGUCGAAUCAAAAUUGGGGAGCAGAUGGCACUUCAUCCCAAAUUCAAGAGAUUUCCUGUCGGCACUGUGGUAUCGGCGAGAAAUCAACUCCAAUGAUGCGACGGGGGCCAAACGGGCCGAGAACCCUUUGUAAUGCCUGUGGACUUAUGUGGGCUAAUAAGGGAACUUUGAGGGACCUCUCAAAGGCAGCAGCCCCUGUGGGAACAAAUCCUAAACACAAUCGGAGUGACGAGAAUGGAAAUUUGGAGGCUGAGCAAAUGGCUCUCAGAGCUGCAGACAAUGCUGAUGAUUUGUGAUGGCCAUUGUUAUAUGUUAGGACAUAUGUAAGAUAACCCGGUUCUGCUUUUUAUAUUGUAGUGAAGUGAUGUCGAUUGAAAAAGUUUUGAUUGAGUGAUUGUUCCGAAUUGUUAUUGUUCAUUAUUAAUCCUUUUGUGCUAAUGGAAUAGUUGGUUAUUAUCUCUUUUCA